GGGCGGGGAGCCUGAGGGCGGAGGCGGGCUCCCGGUGCAGCGCCUCGCCUCGCCCCGCGCGGUGCCGGCCAUGGCUGCGUGCCGCCGCCUGGCCGCGGGGCUGCGGGACCCGCAGAAGGUGGCCGCCUUCCAGCGGCUGUGCGGCGUGGAGGGGCCCUGCGGCUGGCCCGACGCGGAGCAGCGAGCCGGGGGCCGGGGGCCGGUGGCUAACGGCGGCCCCGCGGGCGGCGGGCGACGGGAGACGGCGGGGGACGGCGGCCCCCAGGGGUGGCGGCGGCGGCCGCGGCGCAACUCCCUGUCAGAGGAGGAGGAGGAGGGCUGCCAGGAGUUCUCGACCCGCAGCCGCCUCCUGUACUACCUGUUCAGCCUGGGCACGGAGCUGGGCAACGAGCUCUUCUACAUCCUCUUCUUCCCCUUCUGCAUCUGGAACGUGGACGCCUGGCUGGGCCGGCGGCUGGUCAUCGUCUGGGUGUGGGUGAUGUACGUGGGGCAGUGCACCAAGGACGUGGUCCGCUGGCCGCGGCCCGCCUCGCCGCCCGUGGUGAAGCUGGAGGUGUUCUACAGCUCCGAGUACAGCAUGCCCUCCACGCACGCCAUGUCGGGCACCGCCAUCCCCCUGGCGCUGCUGCUGCUCAGCUACGGCCGCUGGCAGUACCCCCUUAUAUUUGGACUGAUCCUUGCAUUCUGCUGGUGUUUAUUGGUUUGCUGUAGUCGAAUUUAUAUGGGAAUGCAUUCAAUUUUGGAUGUUAUUGCUGGAUUUCUGUAUGCUAUUCUCAUCCUGAUUGUCUUCCAUCCAGUUGUGGACCUGAUCGAUAACUUCAAUUUAACUUACAAGUAUGCACCUUUAAUUAUCAUCAGUCUCCACUUAGCCCUGGGCAUCUUCUCUUUUACUCUGGAUACCUGGAGCACAUCGCGAGGAGACACGGCUCAGAUACUGGGCUGUGGUGCCGGAGUAGCCUGUGGCUCUCACGUGAACUACCUGAUGGGCAUAGACCUAGAUCCUCCUCCCAACACGCUUCCUUUAUCUCUUUCCUCUCUCACUGUGACUGUGUUUGGAAAAGCCAUACUGCGGUUGCUGAUUGGAGUAAUAAUCCUGCUACUAACAAAAGUAGCGAUGAAAAAAGCUACUAUUCCCCUGGCGUGUAAAAUAUUUCGCAUACCGCUCGAUGAUGUGCGGAAAGCAAGACAGCGCAUGGAAGUCGAGCUUCCCUAUCGCUAUAUUACGUAUGGAAUGGUUGGCUUCUCCCUUGUGUUCGUUGUUCCUUGCCUCUUCAGUUUUAUGGGUCUUUCUUGAUGCAGAUUGAUCACUUGAAAAACGAAGAAGAGAGCUAGUUGCUGUCUGAAGAGGUGCACUAGUUUGCUAAGGGAAGGCCAGUGAGCUUGGCUUUUGGCAGUCUUCACUUUAACAGCAAUACCUAGCAGGCAAAGCAUUUAAAGGACAUCGCACGUCUCUGGUGUAGUAUGGGGCUAGGGGUCAAGUACAGUUCCUGAGAAGUGCUGAACUCUGUAAAUGCUAUGUCUGGCCUUAUUGCUGUAACAAAGUCUGCGUGUUUGUGUGCGGGAUGCGGUGAAUGUACCUGGGAUGUCUGUCAUACUGUACCUGUAUACACUGAUGUUUCAACAGGUACGUCUGACAGCUAAGCAGAAAGCUCCACUCAUGAUUUGUUUGCCAUUUCAUAGGAACUUAUUCAAGUUGUUGGACCAUACACUGCCAAAUUUGUUUCCCUUAAUUAUCACCUGAAGUCCUGCCUCAUGAUAUUUCAGCUAAUUGGCAUUUUAGUGGACCAAACUUGUAAUGAGGUUAAAUUUCAAAAAAAAAGAAAAAACAACAAAAAAAAACAGAAGCUUUUUUCUUUAGCCUCCCAUGCAGAGUACACUGUCUGGAUUGGCAUUAGUGAUAGAGAAUGUAUGAUUCAGGUACUGUAUCUUAUGGGUUAAUGACUGUGCCUUUCUGUUGUUAAAUUAAGAAAUGCCAUAUAUACUGUGAUGUAAAAAGACUAACUUUGUUUAAAACCAUACGUAAUUAGGCAGAUACUUUUAAAUGUUAAAUUGUCCAUGUUGCUGGAAUGGUUCAGGUUAACCAGAACGUUCACAGUUCAGCCUGUCUGAAAUCGCAUAAAUGAAAUGGCCCAAGAAUUGUGCUCUUGAGCUCAAGAGGUUGUAAAUGGACAAUAACCUAUUUGUAGGUAUUUUUAAUGUGUAUUGUAAGUUCCUGGAAGAGGAUAUAUUUUUCUGGAGAUUGUUUUUACAAUGGAGAGAUGUUCAAAAUUAAUUAUCUAAAAAUAUAAACAAAAAAAUACCCCCAUUCUAUUAAGAAGUGGACCUUGCAUAUGAUUCCAAACUGAUUGAGAAGGACCAUUGUUUUUAGAAUGUGCUUAGAAAAUCUUUAUCCUUGGAAAAAAUAUGCAUUUUUAUUCAUUAACAUACUGUAUUAAAGGUGGUAAUCACUUUUACCCAACUUAGCUGUAAGAUAAUAUAAUGAUCAAAUUAAAUUUUUAAGCAUUCUGAUAGGUAGAUAUGAGUACUCAGAAGACACUAUGGUCGAUGCAUAAAUGGCUUCUGCAUAUAUAGAUUUUGAGUUGUUAUGCACUUUUCAGCUUUUCAUGAUCCUUUUUUCCAGUGAUGAGUAUAGUAUAUGAUGUUUGAACUGUAAUUUCACAUGCUUUUUUCAUUUUGUCUCUUAUACUGUUACCUAAUAUGUUAACAGGAACUGUUGUGUUACAUCAAGAGGUAUCUAACUGUUUGGCCAGACAGUAAUUACUGUUGUUUUUGUAUCAGUGCAUUUUCUUUUUUUUCCCAGAAAAAAAACAAUUUGGAUAGGAAGUAUAGGGAAUAAUAUAGUUAGAAUACAAAGCUUACAUUUUCUUACAAAUUAUUUGGAAUCAAAAGUCUUUUUCUGUUGGAAUUAUGAGCUCCAAAUUAUUAAUUUGUAAAUUAAAACCUUCCCAUUCCUGUCUUUUCUCAAAGCAAAGUUAUUGUACACUCCUAUUAGAUGUGAAAAUCUGACUUCCUGAUGUGCAUUCAGAAUUCACUGCUAUGAAUGUAUUCAAAAGAACUGAAGUGUGUUAAACAACUUUUAUAGUUGAAAAGAUUUUACCUUAUAGGAGAAAAUCAAAAACAGAAAUAUGCACUGAAACAAGCUAGCUAUUUUCUGUCUGUUCCUUUAUUGCAGUUUUAUGCUGAAUGUGUAGUAAAAGAUAAAUUCGUUUCCAGGUUUUUGAGAGAGGGAUUUCCACUGGUUUGGCUUUGUGCACUAAGGUAGUUGUUGUAUAAAUAGCUGGGAGGAAUGUACACAAAAUGUCUUAUGUUUAAAGCCCUGAGCAAGUGUUUGUAGUUCCAAAUUACAUUAGUCUGAAGUCUGAUAAAAGCGAUGGGAUGAUUUUCUCUGAAAUUUAGGGCAUAGUAAAUAUCUUAGUUUUACAUUUUAUAGUGAAGAAUGUUUAAAUUGUAGCACAGAAAGGAUGGGUCAACAAAUCUCAUUUUUUUAAGGUACGUAUUUGAUUUCUAGGAACUUCAGGUUUACAGAAUUAGUGUGUUCUUAAAUGUCUUCUCUAGCUGCGCUUGCUCUGUUGUACUAUUAAUGGAAAAGAAAACCUAUUGUGGAAAAUGUAGAAUGGGUGGGGAAAAAAUAGGUAGGGCUUUCACUGGGUUAAGGAAAAUUGCACUGUAGCUUGUUCUACUGUUACUCAAAUAUAUAAUAUUUUAUAUUUUUAUACAUUACGUUGGGUAACUUCAAAAUGUCACGCGUUGUGUACCACAUUGUUUAGUCUGCAGGAAAUACAUAUCAGAAUGUUGGUUUAUCCAGCACCUUUACAACCCUAUUUGUAAGACUGCAACUACUUCGCUGUAGUUUACGUGAAUAACUUUUACUAUUCUAUUUUCAUGUUUUAUAAAGGACUUGGCUCAAGAGGGCAGUUUAGCACAAAAUAUCGUGCAAUGUAAAUUACUGUUACAGAGUAAAGAAUUGUAAAACUACAAAAAUUAAAAAAAGAGAUAUAUUUAUUUUAAUAAAUGUUUGGUUAAUAAGAUUUCUCCAAAUCAGUCAUAACAAAACAGGUAAAACUAGAGCACUUUUUCCCUAAGCUAUUGCUAGAGUUGGACAUGAAAAAAUGUUUCCAGUGUGAGCAUCAGCUGCUGCCAAAUUAUUUAUAACUAAAUUUAACAUAGCUUUAAAAAUGUAGUUAAAUGUCUUUUCAGAAGGAUAACACACUUGAAACCUCUCGUGAAGUGGUGCAAAAACAUUAUUCAUGUCACAGUGAACUUUAUUAAUUGCAAUUCAUAGAGUCCUGAAGGUAGAAAUACCAUAUUAUUGAAGCAGAUAGGGAUACACACUUAUUACAAAAAGAUAUGAGAUAAAUUUGUUUUAUGUAAUUACUGUGUGAAAUACAAAACUGAAACUAACAUUAGCAUAGAAUGUAAUUUGGCAAUAAGUUCUGUUUUCCAAGAGGCUGAAGAGACAGGAAUUUAGUCUUAGACUGCCUUAAGCCAUGAGAGAAGCUUUUUUCCUGACCUGGCCCUCAAAUAGACUAACAUAGGCAUUGCAUCUUGGGUUAAGUUCUGCAGCCUAGUCUUACGAAAAAAGUUUCGUGUUUACAAUAAAACUCUUGCUUUUGCUUCCCGUUCUGUGAACUGGGGUUGAAGCAUCUUUCUUUCAUGUCAUCACCCGUGAAGCCCUUCAGCCUCUGAUCACAUUUGCCUUAUUACUUAUCUUGCAAAUUUAAAAAAGAAAAUCAAGGUAAUUUGGCAAACCAAAGGGAGAUUUUUUUUUUUUUAAGAAACUUACUUAGAAACUUUUUUCUUAAGCUCACAUACAGCUUUUCUCGGGGUGAGGGGACAGACACCAACUAAAAAGAUGCAUUUCUUUAAAAAUGGUAUCUUUAAAUGCGAUGUGUAGUUUUGUUUUCUACUAGAACAGUGUUAGAUUGUCUGGAUUUUAAAAGCUGGCAUAUUUUCCUUUGCUACUCGAUUUUUACUAUGCUUUCACUGUGUUCUUUACACAUUUCUUGCUUAUUUCCUGGGGAGUGUCCUGAGCUGCUUGUAAGCAAUUGCUACUUAUGUGAAGAUUGUUGGUUUGAACUUGUAAAUACUUAAGGGCUGUUAGUGGCUGUUAGCUGCUCAAAUACAUAAAACAAACCUUGCAUGCUGUAAGUAAAUACAUCUGCUGUGUUAAAAGUUGUUUCUAUUUCAGCGUUUGCUUUCUCAGUACAAAAGAAGGGAGAUUGACAUGCAAUAUAUAAAAUAUUUAAUACUUCAAGUGUAUGAGGGGGGCAUUGUUGUCUAACCCCCACUAACUUUGCUGGGAGUUCUGCACCUAGUUCUUCAUUUCAUUGAGAGUGAACCCUGAAGGUCGUGUCCACAGUCUGAUGUGCAUCCAUGAAACACUGUGCAUUAAGUGACUUACUUUGUAAGGGACUGUUCUUUUUAAAAUCACUUAGCCCAGUUUAUACAGGACUUUUAAAGGGCUUACCUUGGAAGAUGUUUCUUAGUCGCUGGAACUGCUUGUACAUUUGCAGCAAUUGAUAGAUACUUUUUCCUCUGUACCAUAGUGGUGCUGAAUAACAAGAUCACUGAAUGCUAGUAGAUGAAAUGUUGGCAGGAGAGUUAAUUCUUGGGGGAUUAAUUUUCUGUAAUUGUUUGCGCUGUUUUCCUUAGAUGUAGAAUGUUUCUGGGUUAUACAAUUUACUGCUAUAUUCUACAAAUGACUUUGAGGAAACUUUGACUUUUUAUGUGGGAGGAAUUCUCAUUGAAUGACUUCAUGCCAGGACUUUAUUCUAGUGUAAAGCUUAAGUGGUAUUUUUGUUUCUGCAAAAAAUAUACAAGCCUAUUUAAAAUUUACUGUAAAUACUGUCUUUGUCAAAUGGAUUAGUUGGGUCACUAAGUUGUUUUCUUUCUGUAAUACUUUGUGAAACAAGGGCAAACAAAACUUAAUUUGGAAACAAAGAAAGGCAUCAUGGUAGAGAGGAUAUUGCUUUUUAGGUGUUCUCUAAUUCUAACUGCAUGCUGGAGUUGAAUCGAAUUUUCUAUGCAUUACAAAAUGUGUUUUGUGCUUAGUUCUGCACCUGAAAUAAUUUGCAUAUUAGUAAGUGUCCAUUUAACAGAAUGAAGGGGUACAGAGGAGAAUACAACUACCUUAAAGUGAUUGGUAAGUGUAAAUAAUAUGCCCUAUCAGUCUAGACUAAACUUUGUGACUAAAUUAGUCACUGAGCUUUUUCUGACAAAUUUAUUUUGUUUGGAAGUCAAGGCUGAUAUGCCAGAAAUGAAAAUGAGUUUUAAGACAGACAUUUAAAAUACCGUACCUGAAAAGGAGAAUUCAGUAACAGGUAGCUUUAAAAGUAAGAGCAAAGACUGAGGGGGAUUUUGUAUUAAACUUAAUGCACUUAAAAUUAUGCCAAAAUUUGGCCUAUACUUGAUUUAUAUGAAAUCUGUAAUACAGUAUAGAUACACAUAUAUAUAAAAUAGUGCAUACUGCUGUUUAGUUUUUUUAAAAAAUAUAUGCAUAUAUUUUUCUUGUUACUGCAUUCCCUGUUAAAAGCAAAUAUCCAUAAAAUAUAAAAAAGCUUUGUAUUAGGUACGGCUAUAUGUUGAUAGUAUUUUGGGAAAUAGUGCAGUUGUAACCCCCCAGUCUCUCAACCUCUUGGAGAACUUUUAUUCUAAACAAAACAAAAAAAUGCUUUCAAGUGCAAGCCCUGAUUUUGGUUGAGGAUCAUAUAGUGGUUGCUGUAUAAUAAGAUACAACUGAUGUGUAAAAGUUAAUACAUUAGAAUGUUUUUGUUAUUGUUGAUGACUUUUGUAUUUGUAUACUUUCUGCGGUUGUCAACUAAUAUUUAAACUUGUAUUUACUAGUAAGUGAAGUAUCUAACUUCAUCUGCAAUGAGCGUAAUAAACUACUGUUGGAU